ACUCUUAAAACAACCUCAAAAGCUUCUGCUGCGAUCACAAUGAGCUUUUCAGCUGUAACAACAUUGGCCGUCGAUCAGGGCGAUGGGCCUUCAAUCUCCGUCAUCCAUCCCGACAUUAUCACGGCUCACAUCCUCACCCGCCUCGACGGCCAGACCUUGGCUGCAGCCGCCUGCGCUUCGUCCGAAUUACACGGCUUCUCCGCCAAAGAAAAACUCUGGCGGGACGCCAGCAUCGCCACAUGGCCUUCCAUAACGGAUCCACGAGUUAACGAUAUCAUUUCCACUUUCCCUGCCGGUCACCGCUCUUUCUUCUCCGACUCUUUCCCGCUCCUCGACCACUCCCCCUCCCAAUUCAAUUUCAGCCCUUCGUCCCCCACCGCGGAGUUAGUCUCGGCCGUCGAUAUUUUCUACAAAGACCAGCUCAUUUUCUCUAAGGUUCAGGAGUCCGAGACCGAAUCCGGGUGGUUCCUCUGCUCACCUUUCCGGGUCGACUUACUUGACCGGAAAGAAACCGUCCCGACACCAAUCCAACAUGUCGGGGAAGACCAGAAGUCGUUGAAGCACUUAGAGGACAACCUGAGCCUAAGCUGGAUCGUGAUCGACCCCACCCUGAAAAGGGCGGCAAAUUUGUCGAGCCGGACGGCAGUGACGGUGCAGCGUCACUGGCUGACAGGGGAGACACAGCUGCGGUUUGCGACGAUAUUGGCGGGGGAGAAGAAGGGGGAGUAUGUGCAGUGCGGGAUGGUGGUGACGUGCAAGGGGAGUGGGAGUGAAGGAAGGGAGCUGCACGUGAGGGAGGUGAGCAUGCAGAUGGAGGGAAUGGAGGGGAAUCAUUUGAACGGGAGGGAGAGUUUGGUCAUAUUGCAGAGGGCGAUCGAGGGAGGGAAGAGGAGGAAGGAGGUAAAGGGGAAGGCGAGGUAUGAAGAGUACUUGGAGAUGAAGAGAGAGAGGAGAAAGAGAAAGGAGGCGAGAGAGAAGGCUUUGGACAUGAUCUGCAUUGCUGCUGGGGUUACUAUUUUCAUGGCGUUCUGGUCAUUUGUCUUGUUAAGAUAGACGAUGAUGAACCCAGAAACGGAAACAGUUUGGGUUUAGUUAAUUACACAAUUUGAUUAAUUAAUUCUUUAAACCAAAAUAUAUAGAAAAGUUCAUACAAAGGAGAAGCAAAGUGGAUAUUGAUUACAAUUAAUCAUUUGUUUAUUUAUUUGAUUUUCAUUCUUUACACAUGUAAAAUGGAAGCAACAUAUAUAUAGCCUCUUUUCGUAAUAA